AUGACUAUACUAUAUCUAAUACGUGUGAUAAAGGAUAGCAGGCGGCGAGAUCAGCUAGCUCGGGACUUGGAUAUAUAUUGUGUAGAGAUAGAAGCGGCAGGACUUAUAAAUAACUUUCCGUGUUUAGUUAUUCGUGGCAUCUACGACUACGCCGACUUAUAUAAGAAUAAAGAAUGGCAAGGGUAUACCGCCGCGGUGGUGGCAGCCUAUACGAAAGAGCUUCUCUUAGUGAUUAUAGUUGAUCAGAUUAACUACACACUAACUACAAGAGACACACUCGUAGACUCUGUUCACCGCUUUGAUGUCCUUUUAGACCUAACGGCUAUCCCAGUAAUUGAAAACUUCGUGGGACGGCAAGGCGAGCUAGAACAACUCUAG